AUGGAGGAACUUCAAGAAUUCCUCGCGAAGAACGAGUCUACGAAGUACAUCCGCCUCCAGUGGAUCGAUUACUCCGGCGUUCUCCGCGUCCGCUUCCUUCCCGUCGCUCGAUGCUUGCAGAUAGCUCGAGGAGAGGAGGAGUAUCUUCUCCCACAAGUGAGCAUGAUAAUCCCGGUCUCAACGGCUCCGAGAUGCUUUCCGACCGGAACCGAUAUCGAGACCUGGGUGUUGCGCCCCGAUUGGCUCUCGCUACGCCGCUGCGGGUUCAGGCCAACCCACGCGUCAGUCAUGUGUUUCUUAGAGCAUAAGGAGGCCAAGGAUACCUACAGCAAGUGCCCUCGUAUGCUACUCUGGCGUGCGCUCCUGGAAUUGGAGGCCCUUUGGGAUACCAAGGCCUUGGUCGGGUUUGAGAUCGAAUGCAUGCUCCUAGACCAAAAGGGCCAGCCUCUUGAUCAGCUAGAUAGGCUGAACAGCUAUCAAACGGCUGCCGGACUGCGUGGCCAGACAUUGGAUAUAGUGGAAGAGGUUAUCGAUUGUCUCCGGGAGUCAUCCAUCGAAAUCCAUCACUUCCAUACCGAAACGCACGACCAGAUAGAAUUCGCCCUCACUCCCGAGUCGCCCCUCAACGCCAUCGAUUCGCUCGUUCUCGCCCAGGAAACCAUUCGCACAGUCUUCGUCCGGCACAACAUCCAGGCGACCAUGACUCCCAAGCCGCUGCUCGACGGUCCAACCAACGGCAUCCACCUGCAUAUGUCUGUCGACAAGCUCGCUCCACCUCUGACAGACCACUUCCUCGCAGGCAUCUUGAAGCACACGAGAUCGCUCUGUGCAUUCGGCAUGGCCAAUUUCGACGGCUACGUUCGCACCGGCAAGGACGCGGCCGGCGCCUGGGUUGGGUUCGGCACCGAAAACCGCGACUUGCCCGUGCGCAAGGUCAAUGACCAACACUGGGAGUUCCGAGCCCUAGACGCAACCGCAAACCCCUAUCUCUUCUUCGGAGCGGUCCUUGCGGCCGGCUUCGGCGGCCUCGCCGCCCAGACGGACUUGAUAUGGACAGACUGUCACGUCUUCCCAGCUUCACUAGACGAGCAAGAGCGAUCCAGGUACCGAUUGGAAGAGGGCAUGCCAGGUAGCUUGCGGGAGGCAUUGGAAUGUCUCAAGGCGGACGCGACUUUGAAGGACCAGUUGCCCCAAGAGUUGCUGAAUGAGUACAUUCCGUUGAAGGAGAAGGAAGUGGAGGUCUUCGAGGAUAUGACAGAGAGUCAGAGGCGCGUUCGCUUCCUGGAAUACUUUUGA